ACGCCCCGCUUCGCUCAAUGGCGCACAUAUCUGUCUUCGCAUCGGGAACCUCUGCGGUGGAGCAACCACCAUCAGGCGCGCUGCUCCGUCUUCCACAGCCCGCGACCCCCACGCCUGCUGGAUCUUCUGAGCGGGUCUUCCGAGGCCCCCCAUCCUUUUUUGCGACGCCAAGCCCAAGACGUGCCCAAGACUGCUGCGCGGCUCUCGGCCUGUUGCGGUAAACGACUAAUUUUAGUGGAAAUCUCAAUAUCCGCGUCGCGCCAGUCAGGUUACUUUUAGAGCCUUGGCUUGGCGCCCCAGAAAUAGAUGCAUAAAGCGACGGGAGGCUUCGUAUGGGGAGUCGUCUACGGACGUUAUGCAUGCAAUCUCUCUCCAGCUGCAUAGUGCUAUUAUGACUG